AUGAGUGUGUACCGUGUCCAGAGCGUGCUGUCCAAACGCCGAGCAGCUGGCGAUGAGGGUGACGGCUUUGACCGCCUCAUCCUCAAACUGCGCUCGUCCAAGGAGGCGCUGAAGGAGCUGUCGGCCUACUUUUUCGACCGGGCUGCCGUGGAGGAGGCCUACGCCAAGGCUCUGGUCAAAGUCACCAAGCAGAAGCGGCUGAGCGAUGAGACCGGCUCGCUCAAGUCGGCCUACGAGUCGAUGAUGGGCGAGGCUCUGCGGUCGGCCGACGACCGCACCGCCUUUGCCAAGCAGCUGCGCGCCACCGGUGACCGCCUGAUGCAGUACAAGGACGCCCAGAAGCAGAUGCGCAAGAACAACCACGCCCUCAAGGAGAAGCACGACAAGGACCUGGGCAAGUCGCUGGACCAGCUCGAAAAGUACAAGGCCAAGUACCUCAAGUACGCCGAGGAGACUUACACCUACCGCAACCAGGAGCGCAACACCUCCCUCCCGGCCAAGGACGUUGCCUCGGCCCGCAAAAGGCCGACAAGGCCGAGAAGGAGCGCAUCAAGUACGAGAAACUCUACCGCGCACAGGUCACUUCUCAUCACGACGAGCAGCAGCGCUGGGAGUACGCCAUGUCCCAGCUCUUUACAGACAUUUCAUGCGUCCAGGUCCAAUCGUACGACUUUAUCCGCGAGACCUUGCUCUCGUACGCAGACAUCGAGCGCGCCCGCCCGCCGGUCCUCGCCGACGCCCUCGCCACGCUCACAAAGUCGAUCGAGGCCAUCGACUGCGCCACCGACAUUGAGGAGUGGCGCGCUUCAAACGCGACUGGCUCGCUCCGCCCACCUCUCAUCUCGCUCUUUGUCUGGUCUCCCGACGGCGUCGAGGAGAUCCCGCAGUCGGGCGGCGGCUCGCUCGAGCUCGCCCCGCCCGGCACCCGCUCCUCCACAACCUCGCUCGAUCCCUUCCCAGACACCGAAGACAUCACCACCACAGAGGGCAUCGACUCGACUGCGGACCUCUCCGACGACGACGAGGACGACGAGGACGACGAGGGCGAGGUCGGUGACGUCGCUGUCCCUGCCCGCGCUCACGCUCCUGACGGCGCCCCCACCCCUGCCCCAGUCCCGCCGCGCUCCUCCUCUGCCGCCAAGCGCCCGCCCAUCAAGCCGCGCCCAGCCUCCACCCGCCUCACUGACGGCACCAUCAUCCCCGGUCUCGCCUCUGAUCGCCCGCCGCCGCCGGUCCCGGGCUCGGUCCAGCCAUCCGCUCCUACUGCCACUCCUACUCCCGCUCCUGCCCUUGCCGUACCGCACCUCGACCGCCCGCCAGCUCCGUCGGUCGUCCUCCCGCCGGGCUGGUCGGUCCACCUCGACGAGACCUACAAGCGCGAGUUUUAUGUCAACGACGCCACCGGCGAGAGCUCGUGGACAAAGCCGGUGCCGCCGUCGCUGGCCCCACCCGCCCUAGCCCCGCCUAUGCCGCCCAAGCCGGCGCUGGCCGCCCCGCCCGUCCAGGCCGCCCCGCCGGCUGAGACCGUCACCGCCAUCUAUGACUACGACGCCCAGUUUGACGGCGAGAUCUCGUUCGAGGCCGGCGAUGUCAUCACCAUCGUCUCCAAGGACGAUGGCGGCUGGUGGGAGGGAACCGUCAAUGGCGCCACAGGCCUCUUUCCUUCCAACUUUACCGACGGCGCCGGCUCCGGCAAUGACGACGACGACGACGACUCGUCCGGCAACUAGCCACCCGUGCCCAAUGCACUCGCCAUCGCAAGCCGGCCCUUAGAACAGCUCAUCGCAUGCCACCGGGAGGCCCGCCACAAGAAGCCCAAGCGCCUCCACCGCCGCGCUACAGUCUUGCGGAU